AAUGCAGGGUCCGGGGAGAGACGGAUAUAGUGAAUGCGGGUCCGGGGAGUGAGCGGAUAUAGUGAAUGCGGGGUCCCGGGGAGAGCGAGAUAUAGUGAAUGCAGGGUCCGAGGGGUCGAGAAACGGAUAUAGUGAAUGCAGGGUCCGGGCUGAGAGCGGAUAGAUAUGUGAAUGCGGGGUCCGGGGAGAGCGGAUAUAGUGAAAUGCAGGGGUCCGGGGAGACGGAUAUAGUGAAUGCAGGGUCCGGGGAGACGGAAUUAUAGUGAAUGCAGGGUCCGGGGAGACCGGAUAUAGUGAAUGCGGGGUCCGGGGAGACCAGGAUAUAGUGAAUGCAGGGGUCGGGGGAGAGCGGAUAUAGUGAAUGC